GAGUUGCAUCUUUUGUUCUUGCCCAACAGUUCCUCCGUUCCAUCGACAAAACCGAAGCCACAAGCCAAGUUCUAACCCAAAAAAAAAAGACCAACAACAAUGGCAUUCACAGGAACUUUGGACAAGUGCAAGGCUUGUGACAAGACUGUCUACGCUGUGGAAUUGAUGACCCUUGAAGGUGCCCCUUACCAUAAAACAUGCUUCAAAUGCACCCAUUGCAAGGGCAAACUCGAGAUGUCCACCUACUCCUCCAUGGAUGGAGUCCUGUAUUGCAGGACUCAUUUUGAACAACUAUUUAAGGAAUCUGGCAAUUUCAGCAAGAAUUUCCAAUCAGCGAAGAACGACAGGAAAGAUGAUCAGCCGAGGACUCCCAGCAAACUUUCAUCCAUGUUUUCCGGAACUAUAGACAAAUGCCGUGCUUGCGAGAAGACAGUGUAUCCAUUGGAAAAGGUCACAAUGGAAGGGGAAUUGUACCACAAGAAUUGCUUCCGGUGCGCUCACGGCGGAUGUCCAUUGACCCACUCGUCGUACGCGUCGCUCGACGGCGUGCUGUACUGCAAGCACCACUUCGCACAGCUGUUCAUGGUGAAAGGGAACUACACCCACGUCCUCGAGGCUGCCGCGCAUAGGAGGAACAGCUCCGCCUCCUCUUCCACCGACUUCGCUGAAAACAACCGAGCUGAUCAAGAAUAUGAUGCGCCGGCCGAUCAAGACGAAACCGAAGAGUAG